UUCAGCAGAGAAAAAAAACCGCAAAUUCACUUUCACUUUCCCACGAGCUCGCCGGCUCGACCUCCGCACGACCUCGCUAGCUCCGCACGUCCUCCACACGUCCAUUGCCGCGGCCACCUCGCCGGUUCCGCACGACCUUGCCGUUCUCCGCAGCUUCUCGCUGGAAAAGAAUCGACAGUGCCUCUGUUGCCUCUGAAAUCAGAACAAGCCGAAACCCCUGUCGUGAUCGCCAAGGAGGCCCCGAACGCCCUCCGCAGCCACCUGCUCGAGAUCCGAGACGGGGCCGACGUGUCCAGCUGCAUCUCGGCCUUUGCCCGGGCCCAGGGAUGUGAGAGUGAG